AUGGCUCCCUCCUCCACGGUCAAUUCUAGGAAGGAUCUUCCUCCAAUUCAGCAUACAAAAUCUCAAGAAGUUAUGAGCAGCAGUAACAAAGAUGGCCAAAGCAGCCUGGAUACCAACAAGGAUUGUGAUGGAGAGGUCGUUAUCAAAAAACGGAAGAAGCUCUUGAAAGUUACCUUUUGUACCAGGACAUCUCGCAAGAAAUUAAAAUCUUCGUUUUCGGCCAAGCACAAGAAAGCCCUUGGGAUCUACAACAAGCUCCGAGAAGGCAUCCCUACCUUUGAGGAAGAUAUGCGGGUCAUAUCAAAAGAUACCAACUACUUAGACCAACUCUGCAAAACAAUGAUUACCGCUGCCGGUACAGCUCGUUCAAAUGACAUUUCAAGCCUUAAGAAAGAUGUGCUCACGUACGCUGCACUAUGUCUGCCUGAGGGUCGGCUGGACCCUCCAAUCAAUCCAAACGACUCGAAGAAGGCCACUCGAGGCUUCAAGCACCCACAACUUGGCACCCUUCUGGUUCCCGUUGCUAGUUUUGAACAGUAUAAGACCGAUCCUGAGUAUUGUCGCAAACUUUCACUCAACAAGGUGGCUAUCAAGGCCAAGGCAAUGCCACACUUGGUAUAUCCAUUCGGAAAGUAUGAUCCCGAGCAUAUUUUGGAGGGGAUGUUCAUGGCUCCGGCCUUAGUCGCAGUUUAUCAACAUAUCUUCAUGUCACCGUCGUCCGCGCUGAAGACACCUGGCGCUACUCGUACUGGGAUUGGGAAGGCUCGAAAGCACCACAUGAAAUCCGUGACUAUAGCAAGCAUUGCCUACGCAUGCACACAUUAUAGGUAUGGCAUUUCCAGAAGCAUGGACUGGCGUCAGAACAACAUGUACUUCAACUACAAGGAGUUCUACCUAGAGGUUGUGAAGAUGUUGGAGUGGGCUCGAGAAAAUGACCCCGAGUGGUGGAAAGAUUUUAUUACUUGGUGGAACGCGCAAGUCUUUCCUACUGAAGAGGACUCUCUUACCGAGAGUAGCUCAUCUGACAAAGAGGUAACAAUGUCUACCUUCAAGAAGUUGAAAGCACAGGUGAAGGCUAGCCGCGUGGAAAAGGCCAGUCUCGUCAAUGACACCGGCUCUGUACCACCACCUCCUCCUUUUCAGUAUCGACAAGAAGAACUAUCCCCGUCACCGUCUCCUAGACGCAGUCUGUCACCCCCGCAGAUUUCAUCCAUUCCACAGGGCGUAGGUAUCCAUGGCCGGCAGCAUCCGCAUCAAUAUGCUGCUGGCCAAAUUGACUCCAACAUUGACCCGCAUUUACAGAUGCCUGCCUCUCACGUUGCUAACGGGCAGCCAUAUCUUGGUUCUUCUUUCCGUCCCGUAGGUAUUCCUCAGGCUCCUUAUUACAACAUGGCUUGCUUGGACCCAAUUGCAAGUGCCUCCACUCCGUCCCCUGUUCAAAGUCGUGGUCAUCCAACUCCCCGUGCACUUGGUUCUAUGGAGUUUGCUCAACACGUCAAUCACUCUCCGGAGUGGCAGCUGGUCAACACACACCAUGUCAAGCCGUAUAUGCCCUCCCGCCCCAGGAUGAAGGCGUCUAGAAUGCCAGCUGGCCAGGACAUUGAGUCUCGUCAUCCCAGUGUAGGCCCGCCAAUGAAUAUAUUCCCUGACAUGGCCAACUGGUAA